GGGUCCUGCUUGGCCCCCGCCCACGAAACUUCCCUGCGUCUGUGCCAGUCGUUUUCGCUUCUGUUCGCCGCAGUUUCCUUUUCUGUAAAUCAGGGUUGGUGACAUUACCCUUCUUAACCAUCAGGGGCUAGUUUUGGGGGGCGAUAAGUAAUUGCUCCCGUGUAUUUAUUGAGCCGUUGCAAUGUGCCAGACACUGGGCUAGGUAUUUUGCUUCGAUGAUUGCCCGUCACCGUCAAAACAACCUUAUGAGGGCCCAUGUUCUAAAUAAGGAUGUGCAAGCUAUCCAGGUGUUGACCUGUCCCACAAAUAUUCUUUGGCAUCACGCUAGGCACUAGGGUGCAGAGAAAAAUACAUGCGGUCCUUGUCAUCCAGGAGUCUAGGAGGGAGAGACGGACAGUGUCGACCCAGCCAGCAGCCAGGCCAUGGAGCUCUCUGAUGUCACCCUCAUUGAGGGGGUGGGUAAUGAGGUGACUGUGGUGGCCGGCGUGGUGGUGCUGAUUCUAGCCUUGGUCCUAGCUUGGCUCUCUACCUACGUAGCAGACAGCGGGAACCUGGGCACCAUUGUGUCAGCUGGCGACACAUCCGUUCUCCACCUGGGACAUGUGGACCACCUAGUAGCAGGCCAAGGCCCCCCCGAGCCAACCGAACUUCCCCAUGCAUCAGAGGGUGGCGAAGAGAAGGCUGAAGAGGCCGGCGAAGGUGGGGGAGAUUCCUCAGGGGAGCCUGGAGCUGGGGGUGGUACUGAGCCGAGCCUUGAGCAUCUGCUCGACAUCCAAGGCCUGACCAAGAGACCAGCGGGCCUGGAAAGCAGCGGUCCAGAGGCCCCCCUGAGAUCUGAGGACAGCAGCUGCCUCCCUCCCAGCCCUGGCCUCAUCAACGUGCGGCUCAAAUUCCUCAAUGACACCGAGGAGCUGGCUGUGGCCAGGCCGGAGGACACCGUGGGUGCCCUGAAGAGUAAAUACUUCCCUGGGCAAGAGAGCCAGAUGAAACUGAUCUACCAGGGCCGUCUGCUGCAGGAUCCGGCCCGCACGCUGCGUUCGCUGAACAUUACCGACAACUGUGUGAUUCACUGCCACCGCUCCCCCCCAGGGUCAGCUGUUCCAGGCCCCUCAGCAUCCCUGGCCCCCUCCUCGGCUGCUGAGCCCCCCAGCCUUGGCGUCAGUGUGGGCAGCCUCAUGGUGCCUGUGUUUGUGGUGCUGUUGGGUGUGGUCUGGUACUUCCGUAUCAACUACCGCCAGUUCUUCACGGCACCUGCCACGGUCUCCCUGGUGGGGGUCACGGUCUUUUUCAGCUUCCUAGUAUUUGGGAUGUAUGGACGAUAAGGACAUAGGGAGAAAAAUGAAAGGCAUGGUCUUUCUCCUUUAUGGCCUCCCCCCUUCCCUGGCCAGAGCUGGGCCCAAGGGCUUGGGAGGGAGGGGUGGAAAGGAUGCGGUGGGUCCUCCUCCUCAGGAUUUGGGAGGCAGGUACAGGGCCUCCCCUUCACGUCCACGACAGUACCGACAGACAUCCCCUCUGUGCAAGCACAACUCAGGUAGGAAACGAGGAUGUCAUCUUCUUUCACUUUUAGGGUCCUGGAAUUCAGAGCCGGGCUGGUGGUCUAGCUCGGUGGGCAGCCUGGGCCCCGAGGGUUCCCUCCCAGCCGUGGCCCUAGCUCUUUCCAUUGUCCUGCAUGUCUGCUCCUCGGAACCCAGGGCCGCCUGCCAGGGCGGCUCAGCAUGGCCCCAGCAUACUUCUGUAGGGAGCCUGGAGUCUUUUUCUGUUUCUUAAGGGAAUAUUCAUCUUUUGGGACUAAAGUCACACAGCAGGAAUGAAGGUUGUGUCUGCUUCCCCUCUAGGCACCUAGCUGCCUCUACCUUCUCCCUCCACCCCUGUAGCAGGAAUAGGGUGUUCUCUGUGUUCUGGAUAGUUUCCAGUGUUCUCCCCUCUUUUCAAAGCACUUUGCUUGUAUUUUUUUUUUAAUAGUCCUUUAUAGAGCUCAGUCAGGAAGGGGAUUGGGGCACGAAGCCAAGCCCCCAGCAUUGGGAGAGGCCAAGCCACAGCUGCUGCUACCCUAGGCCUAAGGCUGUAAGCAAGAGACCGCUCUGGCCCUCGGCCAGUGUCCUACCCUGCCCAGCUCCAAGGGCGAGCUCCGGGUACGGAGCCCUGGGCCCAGGCCCUUGCCUCUGGGGCUCGUGGAUGGAGGGUCAGUGUCUGUGACUAAAUAAAGUUCCAUUUUGUGGCUGUGGAGCCUCCUUCUGUGA